AUUAACAUUUUAUAGUUCAUCAUUUCCCGCCAAGACAAUGCGUCUUUACAUAAACCGGAAAUGGGAUUGUUAUUAUAUUUUAAUGGAAUAUAACCUAGGCGACAUGGUGUAAAAUUCCGUGACUGUCUGCGUUUCCGGAUACAUUGUGUUAUAUUCUUAGUAAGCAAUGUGUGCGUUUGAUAUCUCCCUUGUAUUCCUUGGUUAGCCUUUUUUUUUCCAUUUUGCCCUGAACACAGGAACUGGAAACCAUUUUUUGCACUUGUCUUCAAGGAUGGCGGCAAAUGAUGGAGAGGAGGCGACUGUAUCUCUGGUGGAUGUUUUGGAGGAGGAUGAAGAACUAGAAAACGAAGCGUCCGCUGUCCUUGGAGGCAGUGAUUCAGAAAAGUGCUCGUAUCCAGAGGGAUAUGUGAAGCGGCAAGCUUUAUAUGCAUGCAACACCUGCACACCAAAGGGUGGGGAACCUGCAGGGAUCUGCCUGGCCUGUUCAUAUAAGUGUCAUGAGGGCCAUGAACUGUUUGAGCUCUACACUAAGAGGAAUUUUCGGUGUGACUGUGGAAAUGACAAGUUUGGGGAAAUGGAAUGUAAAUUAUUCCCAGAUAAAGAAAAGGUGAAUUUAGGAAAUAAAUACAGUCAUAAUUUUUUUGGCUUGUAUUGCACCUGUGACAGACCCUACCCAGACCCAGAGGAUGAGGUUGCUGAUGAAAUGAUCCAGUGCAUUAUCUGUGAAGACUGGCUUCAUGGCCGGCACUUGGGCUGUUUGGUGCCAGAGUGUGUGGAGCUCCAGGAGAUGAUCUGCGAGUCCUGCAUGAAUAAGUCACUCUUCCUCUGGACCUAUGCUGCUCACAUUGCUGUUCCUCCUAUACUCAAAGUAAGCAAAGCAGCAGAAGAAUCAAAAGUAGAAGUGGAGCAUGAUGAAGAGGAGAAUAAGUGUGAAAAGGAGGUUAUUAAAAGCCUAGUGGAAGACAAGCAGACAGAGGUUAAUGGGACUGCAGGCUGCAAGCGGAAGCACCAGGAGCUGGAGGCCUCCUCAGUGGAGGGCUCUCGCCCAGACUGCAGGCUGGAGGAGAUGAAGGCCUCUGGGAAGAGCAGAGCCCAACAUGGUGCUGUGUUUUGGCCUGCCAGCUGGCGCACCAAACUCUGCUCCUGCAGUGUCUGCAAGGAUAUUUUUAUGAACGCUGGAGUCGCCUUCCUUUUUGAUGACACAGACACAGUCCUUGCCUAUGAGAACAAGGGCAAAACCUCAGAACAGGCCGGCGGGGCAGAAGGUCGUGACCCUUUGAUGUCUGCCCUGAACAACUUGAAUCGCGUACAGCAGCUGGAGAUCAUUCAUGAGUAUAAUGACAUGAAGACGGAGUUGAAGGAUUACUUGCAAAGAUUUGCAGCAGAGGGCAAGGUGGUGACACCAGAAGACAUCCGCCACUUCUUUGAGCAGCAACAGACUCGUAAAAGACGACGGGCCAAUGCUGGUCAAUACUAUUGCAGUUGAAAAGUCCUUAAGCAAAACCAUAUUACAGCCUGCCAGCUAUUUGUUGACCCCAAUAAUCCCUGUUCCUACGCCUGCCCAUGCUCAACAGCACCUCCCAAAACGUGUUACCCUUUAUUAAAUAUGCAGAAUUGAAUGCAGAGGCCAUUACAACCAAUUGAUUUUGAGCCUGUAAAGGAGUGUUAGAUAUGGUUUGUUACUCCCAAAGACUUAAGAAUCCUUUUUUCUCCUGUUUGAAUUGAGAUUUUCACCAGUGUAUGAGUUGUAGCUGACAGAUCAGCUGCACGUUUCCGUGCAUUUCAGGGCUUGUUUCUGAAGCUGUCUAGCAUCAGGUUUCCCACUUCUGUGAACUUUGAUACUACAGUAGAACAUAGUACUAAUAUAGAAGCAGCUGCUCUGAAAUGCCUUGUGAAUAGGUGCCCUUCCAUCUUGCAUUUGUUCCUCAGGAGUUCUCCCUUGUAGCAGUUAACAGUAUAUCCAUUUUAUAUCAAGACAGUAAUUGUUAAAGAAUCACAUUCUUAAUCAGUUCAUUUUUAUGAUGGCAGUAACUCAUGAAUGUGGUGUGUUUGGGGCCAAAAUCAGUAAAGCCUUUAGCUUAUUAGCACAUGUCAAACCCAAUCACAGCCACUUACUGAUGCAUAUCAAAUGACCAGUCAUUAUGUGAUAUUUGCAUGGGCUAAAUGCUAAAGGCAAGUCCCAGUUCAGAUGUUUCUGCAUGUUUCUCACAGCAAACUGGUGAUUAAAGCUGUCUUUUGAAUUGUUCUGAAAAGAUGUCAGCAUGGUCAAUACAUAGCCAGAAUUUGAGUAUGAGUAAAUAGAUGGACAUGUAAUUACUCUCUUAACACAUCCUCAUUGGAGCUUUAAGUAUGAUGUUGGUUGUGACCAAGUAGUGAUUUUAUUAUUACUGUUUUAUCUGUUUACUUUGUAGAUCUUCUGGUACUUUGUAAAUGUAUCUUUGAGAAAUAAACAUUAAUAUGUAA